AUGAAAUCACUAAGGGGUAAACCGAUGCAGUUGUCCCUGAAAACAGCUGCGGCGGGGCCCAAGCUGCCGAGCCAGGACGCGGCCACUCUGUUCAGUUACUGCGCCCCUUCGACGGCGACUCUGAAACCGAGUAAAUACCCUGCGAACAUCAGCUCAAACCUGUUUUCAGUUGCGAAGCCGGAGCCAGGCCACGGAAAGGGGCAACUUCCUGGGGACUGCCUGCCGCCGAAUUCUCCAGAGAGUGCGCUGAGUGAGCAGGUUGGUAACUCCGGAGGCCUCACACCGCCCUCAAGUCGAGGCAGGCAAGCGACAGACUGCGCCGUCGAGUCCUUUCAGACGUCCUCCUCCCUCCGCGACCGCUUCCGCGGCCCUACUCACGUCAUCCAGCGAAGAGCACGCAAGGUUUCGAAGGAGAGACUGGAAAGCCGCCCAAGUCCUAGGGCUCAAACUGCUCAGUUUGAAGGAAAUGCAGAAGCCGAGCAUGGCAAAAUCAGCGUUUCAGUGCCUUCGCGGAAGCCACAUGCUGCUGCGCAGCUCUCUGACCCAGGUCCGAAUCGCUCACACAUCCGAGGCAAGUUGAAAGCAGCCCCUGAGGCGUCCUUUCACCCCACCAACGGCGCGGGCGUGCACUCCUACCCGCGCUGCCGCGAGGCGCAGGCGCAUCAUGGCACCUGCCGCGCGUUGACUUCCGCAAAGAUGACAGCGCUCGCCCAGAGCUGGUUGGGUGGAGCGUGUGACGCAGUUCAAAGCACGAAACUUCUCGAAAGAGAGGCGCAAAAACAUAGAAACCGCGCACGUUACUUGCGCCGCGAAGAAGAGAAAAUCCUUCGAGAACUCGAGAAGCUGCGCAGGAAGGCCAAAACCACAGAGCAGGGACGGCAGCACCAGGCGGAAAAGCGGAUGAGCGACGUGCUGCGGAUCGAGCGACAACUCCAAGAAAGAGCGGCGAACCGAAGCAACGUGAAGGCGCGCAAAGCAGAGGAGAGAGAAAACAGACAAGUCCUCCGCGAAGAUCUGCGUGCGCGCAAGGCACGGAUGGCGCGAGCUCGCAAAGAGGAGUACAGAAAAGAGCGAGAAAUCGCAGUGUCGCGGCAAGAGGAGGAGCUGAAGAGAAAGGUGGCCAAAACGCGUCUAAUUCAGCGACAGCAAAGCGAUGCUAGAAAGCACAUCGUGCAGGUCGCUCGCGAGAGACGCGAAGAACUGCGUAAAAAGAAGCAAGAGGCGCGGUGGCAUGCUGCAACCGCGAUCGCCGAAUCCAUGGAGGAGCUGAGGAAAGCCGAGGCGCUGGAGGCACGAGAGCUGCGGAGGCUGCUGCGGCUAAGCCGAGCGGCGGGAGACACCGUCGACAAGCUGAGAAGCAGCGGCCUCUCGACAGCUGAAGCCUCUAGGUGUUCCUGCCUUUCUACAAGUGCCGACGGUCUCCUCAGCUCCAGCAUUUCUUUCCUUGAGGAGUUCCAGCGGUUGCAUCUUGUGAAACCGCGUCAUACGCCUGCCCUGCCCGACCCUCCACCCACCCCCCUCCCCCUGGAGUAG